UAAUGGCUAGACAGCAAAAAAAAAGAUUCAACUGCGGUUCACUGAAGUAACUGGGUACUUCAUUGCCAUAUCUAAUUGAAUCCAGAUCAUAUUAGUGACAAAAACUAAGAAUGACUCAGACUAGUUAUUUAAUCCAUCAAAAACUUCCUGUGUGCAUCAUAGCUGUAUAUGUCUCUUUUCUGGCAUGAGUUUCCUGAUUCUCAUGUUGUCUUUUGUUCCUGUAAGGUUUAUGUUAGUCACAGAUUUGUCUGCCAAUUCCUAGAAGAAUUUAUCUAUUUUCUCAUUCUAUUCCCGAAAUGCAAUGCUAGCUACUUCCUCUAGUGUUAAUAUUAACAAGAAGUUCAAUUUUCCCAAUCAUUUCCACAGUGAUAUAAUCUAUGAUAGCCACUAAAAGUCUUUCCUUAUUUAGGCCAAGAGAUUUAAUUAAGGUCAUUCCCCUAAAUGAUUACAUUUUAGUAGGUUAAAAACUGUGUAUGUAAAUUACUCUUAGAGACAAAUGGAGGAAAUAUUUGGUCAUCUAUGUUAUCAGUGAAAUUCAGAUAACAUCAUUUUCACAGUAAACCAUAAACUGGCUCUGUUAUGGUUUAAAAGUUACACCUGUGAAAAUUGCAAAACGUAUAUAUAUGGUUCUCCAGUUGGAAUAGCAGCUCAGUAAUUCUAAGGUUACAUUGCUACUGAGCUAGGAUAAUCAAGGCCCAUACUUGCUCUGUGCCUUGUGUAGAGUUAGUGUGUAGCAAGUAAUUUGUGUUUGAUUUGAUGAAAGAUGUCCUCCAGGAACCAGCCUGGGGUGCUUCAUAAAUUCAAGGAGACCCUCUUUUCUACUUUGUCUUCAGAAGAACUUCUGAAUUCCCUGGAUUCUUUCCACGCAAGAGAAGAUGAUGUGUUUCUGGUGUCCUACCCAAAAUCUGGCACACACUGGAUUGCAAAAGUCAUUGAGAAUAUUCCCAACGCUGAAAUUACUCUAACAUCUCCAAUUGAAUUGGGAGACAUUUCUAAAUUUGAAGAGCUAAAAAUGUGUUGUAAGAGAAGAGUCAUUCCCACUCAUUUGAGCUAUAACAUGCUACCAGUGGAUAUUAAACAAAAGCAAUGCAAGAUUAUCUACAUCGUUAGGAAUCCAAAAGACACAGCUGUUUCUCUAUUCCAUUACUACAGAGACAACCCUAAUCUCCCCGGCAUUGAAACCUGGGCUGCCUUUUUAGAGCUGUUCCUGAAAGGAAAUGUUGUGUAUGGAUCCUGGUUUGAUCACAUUUUAAGCUGGGAAGACCACAAAAAUGAUAAAAACGUUCUCUUUAUCUUCUAUGAAGAAAUGAAAAAAGAUCUUUUUAAAAGCAUAAAGAAAAUAACGACUUUCCUCGGUAUCAAUGUGAGUGAAAGCGAAAUUAAUCACAUUGCUUCGAAAUCAUCAUUCAAGGAAAUGAAAAAUAAUGCAGCCAAAGAAAACUGUGAUCCAAAUAAGACCAUCUGUGCCCUCACAUCGAAUAAGAACCUGGUAUUUAGGAAAGGAGCUGUGGGUGAUUGGAUAAACUACUUUACUUCAAAGCAGAGGAGAGUAUUUGAUGAACUAUUCACAGAGAAAAUGAAACACAGCGAACUAGCAAGACACUUUGAAGAUUACUCUUAAUAUAAAUGGAAAAUGAAACCAAUUUCCAUUUUAUGCGAUACGAUGCUCGUGGAAUACAUAAAUAUUUUUUACCAAUGUGGAAAGCAGAUAUUUCCUUCAAUGAGAAACAAACACUUUAUGAAAGUGUCAAAAGUGCCAUGUGUGAGAGACUGUUAUUAUCAUAUUUUAUAGUAGCAGAGAAUUAUUAAGAAAAGGAAGCAUAUACUUUUUGAAUAGCUAAAUUAUAUGUCUGCUUUCAGUAUACUUAUAUGGCAAGGAGAUUACUGUUAUUCAGAGAGCGUAUUACUGUGGGUGUCCUAUAAACUACAUUAAUGUACAACAAAAGAGGUGAGGGAUUGUCUAAAACAACCAGUGUAUGAAAAGAAUCUAUUUUCUGGCUGUUUGGACCAGCAUGACCUCUAGACACACAUUUUUAAUUCAAAGCUCCCUGGUGCCCAUGUGGAAAUGUUUUCUAGUGUCAGAGCAAUGACAAACAUCAUCUACUAAAGUGAAAACACCUAAUAGGUCAAUUAUAUCAGAUGAUCACAAUCUGGUAUUUUGGUGAAAUGAAGAAUGAAAAGAUACCCUUUUACACUAAAUUAACACUGGUCUCUCUUUCCAGUAUGUACCUUAUCUUGUAAAGUCAUUCAAAUUACAAAAUUUCUUAUUUUCCAGUUUUGAAAAAUAGAAUUUUCCUGAAGUUAUUAUUGUUUUUACAAUAUUUUGAAUAUGUAUUCUUUCUCCUAGUAGCAUUUCUAGCAUUAAUCAAAACUCUCCUGUCAUGACUAUUAUUCUGUAGCUUUAGUCUAGAGGACAUUGUAAUAGCAUUUCAGUGAAUUUAUUUUAGGAUUAUUGCCUUAAUUGUAAUAUAUUGGUUAUGAACAUCUGUGCCAUAUUAUUUACAUCUGUGCCAUAGUACCUAAUUCAAGGCUAAUGGGAAAUCAAAAUGUAUAUUGUAUAUGACUUUGAGUUAUGAAACCAAAACAAUGAGUUAAGUUAAUUCAGCCAAACACCAAUGUAUUGUGAAUCUUAUUUUUAAUAACACAUCUGUUGGAGGUUUUUGUACCAAGUUUAUCACAAUUCAGCCAGUAUUAGAUCUUCAUGAAUCUUCUAUAUAUACAUAUUUGUUACAAAUAAAAUGUAUUUCUG